AGGGCAUGAGAGCUGAAGGCGGAGAUGAAGAAGGGGGGCGCAAAGGAGCAGAGGUCUGGAGGAGGCAGUCCAUGCAGGCAUCUGGAGGCCAGCCUCAGCACCAGCAGGGGCCCGGGGCCAGACCCAGCGAAGCAAGGUCAAUAAUGGCGGAUGAAGAGAUUGGGGCCACGGCUCAGGUGAACAGCCAUCCUUCUGUGCGAUCGCUGCCCUCCGUCCGCCACGACAUCAGCCGCUAUCAGAGAGUGGACGAGCCGCUGCCACCUAACUGGGAGGCUCGCAUCGACAGUCACGGACGCGUCUUUUACGUGGAUCACGUCAACAGAACCACGACGUGGCAGCGUCCCACCGCUCCCCCCGCCCCGCAGACCCUGCAGAGGUCCAGCUCCAUACAGCAGAUGGAGCAGCUGAACCGCAGGUAUCAGAGCAUCCGGAGGACGAUAACCAACGACAGCAGACAGGAGGAGCCGCCAGCCGGCGAGCUGCUCGGGGAUGAGACCGACAUGCAGCCGUCUGUUCCAGAGCUCCGGAGGGAGAACAGCGCGGCUCCAGCUGGCGCCAGGUCUCGGAUCUCCCUGCUGCUGCAGUCCCCCAGCGCCAAGUUCCUCACCAGCCCCGACUUCUUCACUGUGCUGCAUUCCAACCCUAGUGCCUACCGCAUGUUCACCACUAACACCUGUCUGAAGCACAUGAUCAGUAAGGUCCGCAGAGACGCGCACCACUAUGAGCGCUACCAACACAACCGCGACCUGGUGGCGUUCCUCAACAUGUUCGCCAACAAACAGCUGGAGCUGCCCAGAGGCUGGGAAAUGAAGCACGACCACAGCGGCAAGCCUUUCUUCGUGGACCAUAACUGCCGUGCCACCACCUUCAUCGAUCCUCGCCUUCCCGUUCAGAGCUCGCGGCCCAGCGUUUUAGCUCACCGCCGACACCUGACCCGGCAGCGCAGCCACAGCGCUGGGGAGGUCAGCCCACGGCAGCUGGCGGGUGAAGAUACGCGUCAUCCUGGUCCUCCCGUUUUGCCACGCCCAUCCAGCACCUUCACCUCCUCCAGCAGAGGACAGUGCCAGGAGGUUGUCCCUGUGGCCUACAACGACAAGAUUGUGGCUUUUCUUCGACAACCCAACAUCUUUGAGAUCCUGCAGGAGAGACAGCCGGACUUCAGCCGAAACCACGUACUCAGGGAGAAGGUCCAGCUGAUCCGCACAGAUGGAGUGUCAGGACUGACCCGGCUGUCUGGAGACGCCGACCUCGUCAUUCUGCUGAGUCUGUUUGAAGAUGAAGUGAUGUCUUACGUGCCUCCUCAUGCCUUACUCCUCCCCAGCUACUGCCCAUCAUCUCGGGGGUCCCCCGUUUCCUCUCCACAGAACUCCCCAGGAACUCAGCGCGCCAACGCCAGAGCCCCAGCUCCUUACAAGAGAGACUUUGAGGCUAAACUGCGCAACUUCUACAGGAAACUCGAAACCAAAGGCUACGGCCAAGGCCCCGGGAAGCUAAAACUGAGUAUCCGUCGAGACCACAUCCUGGAAGACGCCUUCAAUCAGAUCAUGUGCUACUCCAGGAAAGACCUGCAGCGCAGCAAGUUCUAUGUCAGCUUUGCCGGAGAGGAAGGCUUGGACUACAGCGGGCCUUCGAGGGAGUUCUUCUUCUUGGUUUCUAGGGAACUCUUCAAUCCAUAUUAUGGUCUGUUUGAAUAUUCAGCCAACGACACGUAUACCGUUCAGAUCAGCCCCAUGUCCGCCUUUGUAGACAAUCAUCAUGAAUGGUUCCGCUUCAGCGGCCGCAUUCUGGGUCUAGCUCUGAUCCACCAGUAUCUGCUGGAUGCCUUCUUCACCAGACCCUUCUACAAAGGCCUCCUCCGCAUCCCCUGCGACCUGAGCGACCUGGAGUACCUGGACGAGGAGUUCCACCAGUCCCUCCAGUGGAUGAAGGACAAUGACAUCGAAGAGAUGCUGGACCUCACCUUUACCGUCAACGAGGAAGUGUUUGGACAGAUCACAGAGCGGGAGCUGAAGCCUGGUGGAGGGAACAUCCCGGUGUCAGAGAAGAACAAGAAGGAGUACAUCGAGCGGAUGGUGAAGUGGAGGAUAGAGCGGGGAGUGGUUCAGCAGACGGAGAGCCUGGUCAGAGGCUUCUAUGAGGUGGUGGACGCCAGGCUGGUGUCUGUGUUCGAUGCCAGGGAGCUGGAGCUGGUGAUCGCUGGGACGGCCGAGAUCGACCUGUCAGACUGGAGGAACAACACCGAGUACAGAGGAGGUUACCAUGACAACCACAUUGUGAUCCGGUGGUUCUGGGCAGCCGUGGAGCGCUUCAACAAUGAGCAGAGGCUUCGUCUGCUGCAGUUUGUGACGGGGACGUCGAGCAUUCCGUACGAGGGCUUCGCUGCGCUGCGCGGCAGCAACGGACCGCGGCGGUUCUGUGUGGAGAAGUGGGGGAAGAUCACCUCACUGCCCAGAGCUCACACCUGCUUCAACCGCCUGGACCUGCCGCCGUACCAGUCCUUCUCCAUGCUCUAUGAGAAGAUGCUGACUGCCGUGGAGGAGACCAGCACCUUCGGACUGGAAUAGUCGGCCCGUCUUCAUCUGUUCCAUCCCCCGGUUGGUGAAGACAGCGGCCAUGUUGGGAGCGGCGAUUGGUCAGCCUUUAAUGGCUACAUCACUGCCUCUGAAACCCGGAGAACCAGUUCAAAGCUGGUAGCGGUUGACGAUUGGUUGGUUCGCUAACACGCAGUUCAAGGACUCGGCCAGUAGAGGGACACUGCAGCACAAAUCAGGACCAGCCUUCUAAGGAGAUCACUUCUUUACGUUGCAAUUGUCCUUGUUUUGCACGCUUUCACAACCGAAGCACUACACUGCCCUGGGAUCCGAUGUCAGAGCUAGCCUGAUCCGAUCCGACCCGUCAGAGACCCGAUUCAACACAAGGAGAGAACUGACUUUUCCUCCUAAACUGAAGGAAGAACGUACCUUGUUUAGUUUCUUUUUUUUUUUCUACCAGAAUGCCGAUCAAAGCACAGAGUUCAGCUCCCUCUUGUGGCGCGUUUAGGAACUUUUCGUGUAGACAGCGCAAUUUUUCUGAUAUCGCUACACUAUUGGAGGGAUUUUUUUGACUGAAGUUGAAGCGAACAGCCAAUUUUAAAGCUUAGUUCAGAGGGUUUUUUUGUUUUUGUUUUUAUCAGAAUGCCGAUCAAAGCUCAACAGAGUUUAGCUCCCUCUUGUGGCCAGUUUAGGAACUUUUUGCAUAGAUGGCGCCGUCAUUUGGACAUUGCUAUGCUAUUGUAGGAAAUUUUUCAACUGGCCUUAAAGCGAACAGCUCAUUUUAAAACCUAUUUCAAAGUUUUUUUUCUUUUUUAGCAGAAUUUCAAUCAAAAUACCACCGAGUUCAGCUCCCUCUUUUGGUAGGUUUAGGAAUUGCGUGCCUAGACGGUGCCGUUUUUCUGACAUUGCUACGCUAUCGGUGGGAAUUUUUUCAACUAACCUUAAAGCUAGCAGCUGAUUUUAAAUCCUAGUUUGGAUUUCUUUUUCCUUUUACCAGAAUGUCGAUCAAAGCACUGAGUUCAGCUCCCUCUUGUGGCCGGUGUAGGAACUGCACACGUAAACGGCACCUUUUUUCUGACCGUGCUAUGCUCUCAGUGGAAAUUUUUCAACUGACCUUGAAGCGAAUAGCCGAUUUUAAAACCUAGUUUGAGGUUUUUAUAUCAAAUUGAAGUAUUUUCAUCGAUGGACGGCCUUUAUUUUGUAAUCGAUGGAGACUUUUCGCGAUCUGAAUGUAACCAACCUUAAUGUUUUUUUCCCUCUCAGAUCUGCAUCAAGUCAUUUGAUAAAAGUAAAACCUACUUUCUAAGGUUUAAACUGCCCUCCUCCCAGUGGACUAUAACAUAUCAGAGUUAACAGUAACCAAAGCAAAGACAUCAACAUUUAAGUAGUC